ACAAGCGUGAUGUCUAAUGAGUGAAAGUAUACUGAGAGCUAAUGACUCACAUAACCGAACCAGUGAGAAAAAGCGCUUUAGAUGUAGUGCAAUAUAACCUUCGCGCUAUUGGUUAUAAAAGUUAUGUUACACGAGUCGUUUACUUCGGAGAAUAUCGCGGGACUCAUGAAGUUCUGCGAAAGAGGAUGGAAGAUAUAAUACAAGAUUUAUGCAUGGAUUACAAUAAUAUUCCCAUCACAGGUUUAUUUCUCGUUUAUCCAACGUGUUAUGUUCACGUGUUAGAGUCGAUCGACGUUCAAGACGCGUUACGAAACUUGAAAGACAAAGCCCGGUAUCUUCCCGAAAAUGCAGUCCUCGAGUCUCUUCUCAACGUGAACUUGCCCGUACUCAAAACCGUCGAGGAGUAUUUACGACUGUACUCUGAUGUGUCGCCAAGCGACUUUUGGGACGGUAAAAAUUACACAUAUAUCCAAUAAAGUUAGCUCCUUACGGAAAUCCAAUUUAAUACUGUCAGUCAA